AUGGCUGCCACUUACCAUGAUCAGAACACGGCCGUCCUCGGACGGAAACUCUUGGAAAGCCAGAAGUAUGUCGGAGGAGACAUGUUCAUGAUGGCCUUUGUUCAGCCUGCCGCUGUCCCAAACAGAUUCGCCUACCCAGACGACCAUCACGUGAAGGGACUCAACGCCGAAACCCUCGCCAAGAUCCAACUUCCGGGCCCCCCGUGGCUGUCCGCGCCAGAGUACGCCCCUUUCCUACGAGACGCUGAACCCCUCUCGCCGUACAUCUUCUUCAGCCCCAACAUCUCCUUGUACAAUCAGCAGAUAAACGCGUCCGAGUGGGCAAACCAGUGGUUUUUCAUGACCGGCCGUGUUCACUCGUACCACGGGCCUUUGUCGUGA